GGAAGACGAGACUCGGUGUAUCCCAAUAAAACGUUCAUUCAGAUGCCACACUUACAGAGAUUAAGCGUCGAUGGACUGAACACUGAGUUUGGCCCGGAACUGCUUAAACUACAAAACUUACAGCAUCUCGAGAUGGGAAGUAGCAAAGUUUGCCACCUAAAAAAUAUAACCGGAAGCUUCUUUGAGAAUGUUCCUUUUCUGAGAAGUUUUUAUCUCGUUGAAUGUCACUCCUUGAUUUAUAUAAACCCGGCAGCGUUCUCUAAAGUGCAUCUACAAACUCUGACAUUCCAGUCUUUGCCUAGUUUUGAUUUAUUUACAGCUCUUAGAGUGUUGAUCGGCCUGCAGAACUCAUCAUUGACAGAAUUAAGACUAAUUCAUCUGUACAACAAUACAUUUUAUUGCAAGGCUUUGAGAGACGAAGACGCCAAAUAUUUUUCAUAUCUAACCUUAGAAGUUCUCGACCUGACUGAUAAUCUGCUUAUCUACAUUUCCAAGACUGUCAUCGACAACUUACCCAAUUCACUCCGGAUACUCGUACUCAGAAACAACAGACUA